AUGAUUUCUCUCUUUUUUCUCGCUUUAUGUGCCCUCGUGCCCUCCUUUUCUGAAGGUUAGUGAUAAAGCACUAUUAAGUUAAACCGUUGUACUGUCUCCCUCAUAGCUUUGUCGACUAGUUGUUAUCGGAAUGUUCCGUUUGUAACUACUCUAACCGAAUCUUGUAGUUCUUGAUUUUUUUUAAAAAAAUAACUGCCAGCAGUCAAAAUUGCCAGGGAAAAAGCGCAACUAAACUGGCAAUUAAUUGAUCUGAUUGAUUGGUAUUGAAAGCAUUUUCACUAACAGCAUUUAGUGGGUAAAAAAAGUACAUACAGUGUAGAAGCUCUGGUGAGCGGACACCCUCGCCAGGGACGGCAAAAAGGUGUCCGUAAGCGGAACUGGUUACUUACGGGAAUGUAAAAAAACUGAGUUUGUAUGAGAGUUGAGAAAAAAGGGGUCCUGUGAUGGUGGCCUUAAGUAGAGCUGUUCACUUACGAGAGCUUCGACUGUAGUUAGUUUAACUCUAAUAAAACGCGUGGUGAAUUUUUCAUGGUACUUUAAUGUUUCUAGUUUAAGUUGACAAAAAAAAAAAGAAACGUGGAAAAACUUGCCUGGUAUAAAAGAAACUUAACGAAACAUUUUCCCCAGUUGCGUUUUGUCAAUAGGAAGUUAUUUGAUUUAUCGCCAAUCUCGUUCCCGGAGUCAGCUGAACGCUGUCCAAAAAGAUUGCGGCCUCUGGGAACGAGAUUGAUUUAUCGCAACAACUAAUGUUCCCUGUAGGAUGUGGCAUGCGUCCAGCCCUCUCCCGAGUGGUGAAUGGCCAGGACGCCAGCCCUCAUUCCUGGCCGUGGCAGAUUUCUCUUCGUGUGAGUGGAAGACAUAUUUGUGGCGGAUCCCUGAUCAGGGAUGACUGGAUCGUAACUGCGGCACAUUGUGUUUAUAGAAACACAAACCCAAGUCGAUACACUGUUGUAGUAGGUACGUUACAAUAUAGAAACUGACUAGUUUGAGUUUAUUGAGAGAAAUCACCGCAUUUACUACAGCGACUAAGAAGGCUAUGCAAUCUAAAACUCUUGUUCUUCCUUAGCAAUACACUCCGCCGGGGCACUCAAGGGAAAUUUGAGUAGGGAUGUACCGCCGAGACCUUAAAAGCCUUUUCCUUGUCGGUUUAAGACAAAAUCAUUCAUCUGACCAGCCUGUUUAAGAGAAGAGACCUUAUUUCACAAUCCUGACCCAUAUCGUCUCGCAUACGGUAAUUAAGUAAUUGUAAAACUAUAAGCAUCAUAGAAUACUCAGAUCUUUUUGAGAAAAGAUAGUUCAUACCACUCACGAUCAAGUAGACAGUUCAUCGUCAACCUUCAGAUUAUUUUCCAGGCUUUCGAUCCAAAAACACACCCUGUCCAAGACGUCAAAUAGUGAAAUUAUCAGAGAUUGUAUGUAUGACCUAUUCAAGACUCAAGACACCCCAAAAACCAUACCCUUUUCAACGGCACGUGCAUACCCCUCUUGGUCUCAUAAGGGAGAGUCCCCUUGUAUCCUUUGUACCACUUCAAUGAAAUUCUAGAUAAAUUACAAAAACCAGUCAGUCAAAGAGCCAUUGGCUCCUGCGAACUACAAGUCAGUGUCGCGCGAUAGGUAAGUACAGUACUUUUAAAACAUCCUCAGGUACCUCCAUCAAUGACUUGUAGCUUAACUGGCAAGCAUUGGAACAUAGUGCAACUUUUACAAUUUUGAAUUAUUCCCUACUUACUUGAACUUUUCUGUAAUUUUUCAAGUGCGUACAAUGAUACCACUAUCCUGAAAAUAGUAGUCCGAUCCAGUCCUUAUUUCAGAGGCUCAGCCGGGGUGUAGUAGUAUACCUGUCCAUAAUACCUGAAUUAAUUAAGCCAUUUUCCCAAGAUUCCCAAGGUUUUUCUCAAAGUUAAUCUAUUCAUAAAGGAAACGUAGUGCUGGGUACUGUUUGAGACUGUUUUAGGAACGCUGAGCCGCUCACUUUUAUAACAUUACAGGCGGCCACAGGCGAACUGGAAGCACUUCUGUACAAGAAACACUUAAAGUGAUAACUCUUCAUAGACACAGUGGAUUCAGCAGGUGGACUCUCAAACAUGAUGUGGCAGUUCUUCAGUUGGAGCGACCCGUGAAACUGAGUGACAAAGUAAAUACAAUUUGCCUUCCAGACAAGGAUGCAGACUUGAACUCCAAAUGUUACAUAACAGGUAGGGUUUGAAUUUCACGCGCUUUAUGAUGCCGUAAAACGUUGUCAAUAACCUGCGGUACAUUAUGCUUUUGUUUCCUCACUAAAAUGCUCCACUUUUUACAACUUCGGGACAAUAUUAAUUAUUAUUAUUAUUAUUAUCAUUAUUAUUAUAUUGUUUUUGUUUUUUUAAAAUCUUUUUCGGACUCUUUCGCGCGAUUAGCUUGCGAAUACAGCCGCUUAAACCUCGUAAAGUAAGUAAAAGCUUUAUUAAUGUGUCAGUGUAUUUAGUUUUCACGACUAAUUGGGGACACACAAAAAAAAUUAAAAUUAUUUGCAAAUAAGAAAUAAAAAAAAGUAUAGACAAUUAAAAUAUGUAGCAUGUAUAAAUUGUACAAUAAAACAAUAGGUAUAUAAAACGUAGUCUCUAAAAAUUGAAAAGGUUACAGCAGCUAUUGCUGUUGUUUAAGCUUGUUUAAGACUGACGUUAGGUCUUUUUUCCUAAUGUUCUUUUUAAAAGGUUCAAUAUUCGAGGAGCCUUUCAAUUUUUUAUGUAGAUUCGACCAUAUAUGAGGUCCUUGAUAUCUAAGAGAAUGUUUUCCAUGGUUAAUAGUGUUAAAAGUAGGAAUAUCAAAAUCAUUGUUUCUUAGUGAAUAACUGGUGCUUUUCUGCUUAAAUAGUUUGUUCUCAGGCAGAGAAGCCUGAGAACGAGAUUGCAACCGCCAAUCAUCCAUCCUUUUCCCAACUGCUUCUCUUCCAUUUCUUUAAGGGAAAGCCUAGACUUGCUACAAGUCGACCUCGCGCCUCGCGCCACGUCGACCUUCGUCCUGCGUCAUAUGAAAUCUGAUGAACGAAUUUUUUGAAAGUCUAGGGAAAGCCCUGGGGAUGAGGUUGUCUAUCAUCGCUUCCCUUCGAUUCCCAAGUGAGGUUUCGCGAGAUGCAUUUUGGUUAAAAAAUAAAUCCCAUUAUACUAUUCUCAUUUUCCUGGGAUUUGUAAGUAUCCAUUUAUGCAUUUAUGCACUUAACGUUUGCUCACUUGUAGGGUGGGGUCGUAUUUCUGGCGGAGGACCAGCAGCAGAUAUCCUGCAACAAGCCAAGCUACCCCUGGUCUCCCAUACUGACUGUAGAAAAAAGUAUGCCAUAGUGGAUCGCAAUGCUCAUUUGUGCGCUGGCGAGGGACGCGCAGCUGCCUCAGGGGGAUGUAAUGGGGACAGUGGUGGACCACUGGCUUGUGAGAUGGGAGGAAAGUGGUAUCUACAUGGAGCUGUCAGUUUUGGCAAGCGAAGCUGUCCUACUACUUACUUCACCGUGUUUGCCAGGAUAACGAGCUACAAAUCAUGGAUUCUGAACAAAAUAGGUGAUUAAGUACUUUCACGGCUAUGAGCUUUCUUUAGUAGCAAAGGGGAAAUUUCGCAAUCCUACAAAAACUCUUUAUUUUGAAAGCUUAAUUACAAUAGUUAAGAAAAUGCAUCAGUCAUCCCCCACAACCCAACCCCCCUCCCCCACCGACCUUCAGGUUAAAGCCGUGUCUUAAAGCAGACAGCUCAGCAACGCCGGGAUUCAACUAACGAUCAAGAUGGGGAUAACCCAGGAAAUUUCCCGUAUGUAUCAGUGUCAGCAGAGCCCAAGCCACAUUUGCCACCAAAAGUAGCAAAGGACUGUGUAGAAUAGAUAGCGUUUGUAAUGUUAUCGGAGAACUCAGCGAGAUAAAGCCGCCGGGCACAAGAAAUUCCAUUGCAGACUUGAAUUUGAGUCAGACCUGUAUUCGAUAUGAUUGACAUGGAUUAAGUGUUUUAUUUGAAGUACUGAUAUUCUGCUAUAGGGGCCCUCCGUUCCUGGUAUUGGAAAACAGGCCAUUUUGUUUCUCUAUUUUCUAUAAGGUUAACGUUAUAAGAAAGACUUACAGGGUGGAUGUAAUAAGAAACAUUCAAAGUCGUUCCUAAAGUGAAAGGAAGUCAAAAGGAUUUUGUGGACUUGGUUUGUGGAUCUUUGUGGGGUGCUUCAUCUUACCUCAAUUCGUACCAACCCAUUAUAUUCAGUGGUUGUCUAUAAGUCUAGAGUAAUAAAAUAUGAAAAGUUCUUUGAAUGUGUGGAGGAUUUUUUUGUUCUUGUCAUCCACAGGAGAAGGAGGACCGAAACCACUUACCACUCAGACACCCCGACCCGCUACACCUGGAAGUGAGCCAUUGUUAAAUUAUCAUUAAGUUAUACGGGUCAAGAACUGAAGGAAACAGUGAUUGAAAACUGAUCUGCCUAAUAGUUGAUAAUUUUAUAUGAAUGAAGAUCAUGGCAGUUAUAUACGCACUUCAGUUGCGAAAAGGAAGCCUGAAAAAACUUCUCGUUCUUGCGGUGAACACAAAAGUCGGCCAGCUUUUUCUUUUAGGUCUUUUCUUGAGACAUUAUUUUGUUGACUCUAACAUCCGUAAUCUGUAAAUUGGCUACCGUAGAGUAUCAUGCAUAAAAACGAUUUUUUUCCCUUUAUAUUUUUUUCAUAUCACUCGUUUUCACUCAGUUACCUGGAACUCCAAAUCAUUUUCCCCUGCCGCGACAUUGGACCCGCGAUCGCGACUUUGGACCCGCGACCCGCGACUAUUAGUCAAACUCCUUCGUCGUAUAUGCCGCACAGAAGAAGGACGAAAAAGCUAUAACACUUUUUAAUUAAAUUAUUUUAAGGUUUAAACGUGAAGCUUUAUAUAGUGUAAAAUAAUUAUAAUAUAUUUACUUUUAAUGGUAUCACUUAUAAGACUUUUUGGGAGACCAAGAAAACCGUGCGAACUCACAAUAAUAACUUUUUACAGCUUAUCAGUAUGAAUUUAAAAAUGUUUGCCUAAAGAGAAGAGUUUAAAAACUGUCAACAGACUUUGUUUCCUUGACGUUCUGUAUACUACUUAUACAGUUUUUUAUUCAUGCUAAUGGAAAUUGUAAAAUAUGUUAUAUAACUUCAUUGUUAUUGAUAUGCAUUUGAAAACUUUUUGCGAAACAAAUCAAUGAUAUAAAUCUGCAAUAAUUCAAUGAAUUAAUUCUGUGAUUUCUUUAAGUAACGGCGCCUCUGGUAAAACAAGUUCAUUACGCAUAAUACAACUGAUUAAAUCAUGUAAUUGUUGUUAUUUCAUCUCUGGUAGCUGGGUGUCCGACGUCUGCCUUUCGAACCUGCAAGGAAAUUUACGACAAAAAUAAGUAAGUUCAAAUUUCAAUUGCACUAACGCUUGCAGCUUCUAGUUAAGAGUUCAUUAGUCGAUCCCUUUAACUGAGCCCUGCGUCUUUUGCAGUUGAUGAAAUUAUUCAAUAGUCUUCUAUUUAUUUCCGGCUUUAAGGGGCGGACGAAGAGAGAAUUUUCUCAUGGGAAGCAACCAUAGAGAACUAGCCGAGAAGAUUUGCCACAUACCGACAAUUAAAUGACUGAUUUAAUCCAGCGUUCUCAUGGCCUCGAGCAAAAGCGGACAGAGAUAAGCGAAUUCCAUCAUUCAGUUUGAAUUUAUUUUUUUGACAGAGCUCACGGAAAUAGAGCCUAUGAACUUCACAUGAAGUCUGGAAAGGUGUUCGUGUACUGUCACAUGACAAGCCAUGGACUUGGCGCAUGCGGAGGUGGGGGAUGGACGCUGGUGAUGAAAACUGAUGGCCAUAAGGUAUUCUUACAAUCUGCUUUAUCAGAGUUAAGGAAAAAAAACAUGAACAUAGUCCGCCAUAGUUAACAGGGUCGAGAGACUAACAUCCAGUUUUAGUUAUUAAUGCAGUUUUAAAAAUCUAUGAAAAAAUUGCUCCUAACCUUUUGUGAUAGACAUUUUCAAUAGAGAAUUACACGUUUACAAAUUUCUUAUUUCAUCUCUCAAUCUGUUUAUUUAUUUAUUUCCAUCGCAGCCAACUUUUCACUUCAAUUCCAAACUUUGGAGUAACAAGGACAAUUUCAACCUCCCAGGAGGAAAGACUGGGAUCGACGCACAUGAGACUAAGCUUCCAACCUACUGGAACACACCCUUCUCAAAGAUCUGCCUGGGAAUGAAAAUCGGACACCAGACAAAGUUCGUUGUACUCUUCAAGCAAGCCCACUCCCUCCACUCACUGAUUUCUGAUGGUCUUUACCGCCCUACCUCACUGGGUCGCAACAAGUGGAAGUCUCUUAUUGGUUCACAGGCGUCCCUGCAGACCAACUGUAAUAAGGAAGGAUUCAACGCUGUCUGCAGCUUUAGUGGUGCUUCAAAAGCAAGAAUUGGUUUCGUUGGUAACAAUGAAAACGCCUGUAAUUCCUGUGACUCCAGAAUCGGGUUUGGAACUGGAGGAUAUCACGAUGACGAAAAUACAUGUGGAAACGAGGCAAUAGCCGCAGAUAACGGCAACAAGCACAUCAAAGCCAUGGGCUACAUUUUAGUUCAGUGACUACAAUUGGAAAGAACUGAAUUUCUCACUUUAAAAAUUUCUCGAAUAAAAUAUUGUUAUUACACAUAUAUUAGUGGUGUUCAACUAGUCGUUUUGGUAAAACUUGUGUAAUAUCCGUGAACAAAAGAGAAAUAAACGCCUUUUUUUGCUUGUGCUCAAUUACUAACCAGCUUGAUUGAACUUCUACGCAGAACUGCAGUUAGUUCCGGAAAAAGAAAAUACUACUGGGGCUCGAAUAAGCUCUUAACCUACAAAACCAUUUCGCUACUUACUUCUACGAUAGAAUUGAAGACGUAAUCCUCUUCAUGUUACGUUAGUCAUAACUGUAAGAACGAAUUGUCUGAAAUAUAUCUCAUCAGUCUCUUCGCCCCUCCCCUCCCCCACGUGGAGGCAAGGAUUUAAACAUGUCUACAUUGUAUGCCCAAUGGACCUCAAAAGGCACUCGUCCACAAUCCUUUGAAAGUAACUGUUUUUUUAAAGCUAGUAAAUUUGUUCCGGUAUGUUUCUUUUUUUACCAAUUUAGUAUCGAAAUAUCUCAGUAAGUAGCGGUCCUCUUGGCUAGAAAAAUCUAAGAAUUAAACUUAAUGAAAGACUCGACAUCUGAAAUGGCCAUACAGAACCUUAUAACAAAUGAGGUGACAUCGAAAACGAAACGCUUUUGCUCAAGAGUUAGCAGAUUGAGCUUACUUAGACGGACAUCGUAUGGUUCGUUCGAUUUUAAAAUGAAUCUGGUUGCUCUACGCUGAAUUCUCUCUGUUUACAUUUGGUGAAUGGGUACUAGACGGACUGAGCAAUAUUCCAUGCAGAUUCGAUCUAACAAGGGAGCAGUACAAGAUCUUUAGGGUAGUUUCUUCCUUGAGAUCCUUGCAAUUAAGCCCAACAUUCUUUUUGCCUUGGCAGUGCUCAUAUCAUUAUGAGAGUUUCAGGCGGUAACCCGUUCUCAGUCAAUAUAUACUCCGGAAAUCCUUAAAAUCCUUGACCUCCUCAAGAACAGUAUCACUCAAAUGCACUUUGUUGGUAAAGGGUACUUGUUUUUCAGUAAUUCUCAUGAGCUAAUUGCACUCUCUGGAGUUGAAAUCCACCUGAUGUUGCCUGCAUGGGCUCCGAUGAUAAAGUUUGUCUAGUGCACCAAGAAUAGAGCCUUGCGGAACACCAGAAGAAAUUUCAGCCAAAGAGGAAGAAUAACCGUUAAUGACUACUCUUUGUCUUCAAUUACAGGUAAUCUUGACAACACUUCGACCAGUUGACCGGAUUUAUAAACAUAUCUCACCAGUUGAGAUAAAUAAACACCAUAGGCCGGUUUGGUGUAGACUAAAAGUAGCCCCUUAUUUUUCCUCAGUGAUAGUGGAGCGAGCGAAACGCGAGCGCACGUGAAAAUCACCCCACGCAAGAAAAGGCGACACGCGGCGGGGAGAGAGAACGCUCGCUCUACUAUCCCUCAGGAAAAAUGGGGGACUACUCGUAGUCUAGUUUGGUGGGGAUGUUCAGUGCUGUCCCCCACGUAUUGAAAAUUGACGAUUCGGAAUGUAAAGUCAUCUCUUUUAUCAUAGAUGCUGACAUGGGAAGGUGACUUGUUGUCAUCAAGCUUGCCCUCCUUGCGUCGAGGUAACACUCUUCAGUUGUUGAUGUGAAAGUGUCCUUUAGUUCCAAUUCCGAAGGGUAAAUUGUGCUGAGGUAACUUCCAAACUCCUCAUUGUUAACGCUGAAUAAAUCGUCAAUGCCGUAUCUUGUUUCAUGGUGUUAAGCAUAAAGCCAUAUUCGAAGGAGUGAAGAAACAGAUCGGCCCACAAGAUGAUUUUUCAGCCGAUUGAUCGACUUUAUGCUCUUCUGUCCAGUAAAUUAAAAGCCUUGAUUCGGAAUGAUUUUUGUCGGCGGAGUUUUAAAAGCUCAUAUAUUUCUGUUUAUUUUUCUUCUUUUGUGCCUUUUGCUUUAUUCAUGAGCUAUUGGAAAGACGUUUCUUUGAAUUUACACAUUCUCAUUCAAUUUGUCAAGUUCAUCCGUGUCCAUUGUUGUAACUAGAAGAACCUGUAAAACUCACUGGUGACGUAAAAUAAAGAAGACACUUUUAAAACCUAGAAAAAGAAGUACAAAAAAAAAGAACGUUCACAAGUUCUACAUUACAGCGAGGUACUACCAAGGCUCCAGUCUUGUCCAGUUGCGCUUUACUCAUUCUUUACACUGUCCGCCUCCGCAAUCCUGGAACACCUCUCAGUCCCCACUCACAAGCACCGCAAACCAGUUAGAGUGCACCCAUGGCUCUCAAAGAUGCCAUUAAAACAUGUUGUAAUCUAGCUGGCAUCGUUUCCCCAUCUUUUUCGUCCUCUUUAAGCUUCUUUUCGCACUCAUUGUUGCACAGGGCUGAUUUAUUAUAGGCCAAUAUUUCGGCUAACAAAAUUAGCCUUCUUGAGGGCCAGAGCUUGUACAGCCUUGAAAUGAAUUCAAUUUAUUAUCACGCCUUGAGGCUCAAUUAGCUAGAUACAAGUAAUGCAAAAGGUAUUUUGAUCAGCCUUUCUAAACCUUGUUUUUUUAAAGCGUUUUUUCAUGCCGGUUAUAACCCCCCUCGGAUGAUACAAUCCCCUCCGUUUAAACAGUCCUAACUAUGUAAGCCCAGGGAUAUCCCAGUGCACUUAGACUGCGAGCAGUCUCUCUUUUCUGAGGGUCUCAAUGGGGUGGUGGCUUUUACGGCCUUUUUAUCGGCUAAAAUUUCGGUUCUUUCACGGCUAUCGGUUAUUUUUUUUCAAUUACGGUUAACAAAAAGGUUAAAAAUUAAUUUCUUUUGUCCGAAAGAGUUAAAUAUUCAUAAACCUGUAUUUUUUCUAACUUUCAAGCAAAAUAAAGGUCUUAGGAUCAUCUUAGGAUGAAAUAAGCCAUUCUUUUGAAAAAUUUUAACAUUUGAUAGAUCAUACUUUUUAUAAAGUAUUCAACUUCUAAUAUUAUUUUAGGCAUAGAAAUAUCAAUAGUGAAUAUAAAAAUAAUCUUUGUGAAAAAGCAAAAGCAGACACGCGAACACUCAACUCAAGGCGGAGGCGCGACAUUCAUUUACAACAGAAAUGGCCGUUUUCACGCUAGAGACGGAUCAUUCGAGUGAGACGGGUUAUCCGUUUGAUAAUUCGCGUCAGAUAGGUAAUACGUCUUAGUUUGAUCGAAUGAACAAUCCGCCUGACUUUAAUCCGUCAAUUUUGGCGGACAGUUUGAAGAUGGAUUAUCCGCUCUAGAUAGCCUGUGUACAGCCGACCCCUCCCCUCAGAAAAAAUCGGAGAAGGGGUGUCUGUGGGGGAGGGGGCGACUGUGCACAAGCUAGUCUCAGACGGAAAAUCCAUUUCUAGCUCUAGUGUGAAAACGGCCAAUAACAAAAUUCCCGUGUCCAGUGUUUUUAAUUAUAGAGAAAGGACUGUACAGAACGACUGUCUGCCGUUGACUUGUGCUUAGGCCUCAUUAUUCCGCGCGGCUAAUGCAUUCCGGGUCACGUGGUCCAAGCGAGUUUUUUUUUUCCUCAGGUAUGCCACCGAAAUGCCUUGACCAAGAUUGCGUGGGAAGACGCCGUACAGGGACUAGGCAUGGCAAUGUCUACCGUAGUGUCAAAGACUGAAAAAGGGAAUUGUUGUUUAUCGGCAACCUGUUUUGCAAACAGUGACAUCUCUGCGCGUUGUUUCACUAGUAUUUAUGGAAAAAACGUGGUUGUUCGAGUGAGCGGCGGAAAUGGAGCAUAGGUCUAGGUUAACACCUAAGAGGAGCUUGGCCUAACGUGCGUACGGAGUCAAAGUAGCUGGGAAAUAAAUAACGCAACCAUAACUGACUUAAUCACCUUCCUUAAAAUUAACAAAUCUAGGGAACAAUUUCUUUUACGGUUAACUCUUUUUUACCCUAUUUACGGCUAUCGGUUAAAAUUUUUCAAUUUUUACGGCUAUCGACUAAAUUUUUGGCCGCUUCACGCCUAUCGGUUAACCCCAUUGAGACCCUCUUUAGUUGCAAGGUUUCUUUGCGUGUCUCGCGAAAAUUGCCACUGCGCGCAACCGACUACGCGCAGGAAAUUUUGAUUGGAGACUGGAUCCAAAUUUGUUAGGUAUCCUUGUUUGCUUUGCCGGGCCGGGCGCUGAACUGCUCUGUGGGCAGUAAAGUCUGAAUAAGCUAUGGGUGAAAAACCGUUAACAGACGCAGAAGGAAAGAGACAAAUCUCCCUUCGAAGGCUGUCAAGGCUCCCAGUCAUCGAAAGUGUUAGCAGUCUUAAAGAAUCCUUCAAUCGGCAUCUGCACUUUACGCUUGUGAAGGAUCGAAAUGUGGCGACCAAACGAGAUUACUACACAUCCCUGCACAGGCAGCCCAAGCGCACUAUGUGUGGGUUCGGGCUUCAGAGGUCAUUUGGUCGGAAUACACUAGAAUUAUUACCCUAAAUCCUCUAUUUAGCCCCCCCCUCCCCCCGGGAGCUUAUUUAUUUCAAUCCUAUUUGGAGGAGGGGAGGGUGUAAUAGAGAUGGGGAGCUUAUUUGAGAAGGGGAGCUUGUUUAAUUAACAAAAGGUGAUGGUAUCAGUUCGCCAUUAAUAAAUAUAAAUACAAAGUGGAAAAGCUCAAAUAAAAGAAGUUUGAAGACCAUGCAGCUGAGGAUCAGAAUGAAAUCCGAACUUCUAGCUGGUACAUAAAUAUAGAUCAUCCCAAAUCAAUCCACACAACGUGCGCACACAAAGAUUGAUUAAUACAGUCUAUCAUUUAUUAGUGAAGAAUAAUUAGAGGGGGAGAGGAGGGGGGGGGGGGGGGGUGGUAAUAGAGCGGGAAGAGGCUUAUUUGAAAGGGGGCUUAAUAGAGGAUUUCUUGUAAGCCCUUUAAGGCUAUGUUCACACUGCAGUGUAUACUGGAUAGCUUUUUGUGCUGACAUGAAAAGCUCUCGGGUAUAGUAAGAGCAAUGGCACACAACUGGAGUAAGUCAUUUAUACAUGAACAUUGUGCUGGAGUGGUUGACUGAGAGGGCUUGGUGAACUAAAUUCCAUUCCUCACCCUCACCAAAGUCUGGCACUGUAUCUAUUGACUAUCCGGUAUGUGACACUCCCGGGGGGGGUACUCCCAUACAUUACCUAUACGGGUAUGUGCCGCCCAAAGGGGUCGUGAUUUUGAAGCUUCUGGUUUAGAACGGGGUAUCCAUUUUAGACGCGGUUUCUAGAACGGGGUAUAAUAUUUCGAACGCAUGAAAGCUCUCCACUUUUGUAAGCAGGCAUUUGAAAGCCUUCAAAGACAGAUUGCUUUUAAAAAUACGGUUCAGUGCGUUAACAAGCAAACCGUUGUACUCUUGUUGCACCCUAGAACGGAGUAUAAAAAAUUGGUCCAUUUCUAGAACGGGGUGUUAGUUUUAGGGCGAAUUCUAGAACGGGGUAUAAAAAAUUGGCCUAUUUCUAGAACGGGGUAUCAAUUUUAGGGGAAUUUUUUUUCUAGAACGGGGUGCCAAUUUGGAAUCCCGGGCGGCACAUACCCACCCAAAAAAUACCCAAGUGCCCCCCCCGGGGGCACGGUACAGUUUUGCUCUGUUACAGAAAUUGUGCUGAAUUCAUCUUUCUCAUGUGUGAACAGAUGGGUUUUCGUGCCAACACAUAGCUAUCCAGUAUAGUAUAAACAUAGCCUAAGAAACUGCUUUUGCUGAUGGUCAGAUUUUCAAUUGUUUCCCGUACGAAACUUGCAGCGCUGUACAGCGCCACAAACUCGCUUCAAAAUAGCUGUACAGCUAAAUUACAGCUGUUUAGCAGCAUUUUAGAAGCCAAAUAGCAGCUUAAUUCAACUUGCAGCGGGAUGCAAAAGCGCUGUGCAGCCUUUGAAGCUCUCGGCAGCUGUUUUGCAGCGCAGUUGUCGACUUUAAAAUGCUGCGAAGUAGCUGCAGUAACGCUGCAAUUCAGCUUCGGUCGAUCUGAUAGCACAACGUUCUUGAGCGUCAGUAACAUGAAUCGCCAGAAAAGCCUUGCCACAGAUUACGGCUUUUAUAACGAGAAAACUUUGACUGUAUCUCUAAGAAAUGUGAGUAGGCUUGUGCGCAGGGAAGAUUACUUAUUGAAUAAACCUCCAAAUUCUAUGCUUUCGUCAAUAAAUUUCAUUCCGUGACUUGCGAGUGUGGGAAUGUUAUCGCUAAUUCCCUGGAGACAUUCUAGGUCGUAAUCUAAUUGGUCGGUACUUUUGCAUGAGAUCCCAUUACAUGUAGAGUUUGACUACUAGUCGCGGGUCGCGGGUCGCGGGUCGCGGGUCGCGGGUCGCGGGUCGCGGGUCGCGGGUCCAAUGUCGCGGUCGCGGGUCCAAAGUCGCGAUCGCGGGUCCAAUGUCGCGGCAGGGGAAAAUGAUUUGGAGUUCCAGGUAACUGAGUGAAAACGAGUGAUAUGAAAAAGAUAUAAAGGGAAAAAAUCGUUUUUAUGCAUGAUACUCUACGGUAGCUAAUUUACAGAUUACGGAUGUUAGAGUCAACAAAAUAAUGUCUCAAGAAAAGACCUAAAAGAAAAAGCUGGCCGACUUUUGUGUUCACCGCAAGUUCAUUUUGUUUUCUUUCUAUCGGGCCCAGUUGCAUAACAGUAUAUGAUAAAAAGUGUUACUAUGAGUUACCAUAGUUUUCUUCUUGUCGAUGAAUUGCUCACAAUUGCUUAGGGGUGCAUUCACUGAAAAAUGUGCGAUACACUUCAUAGACUAUAAAUUGUAAACGUUACAACAACUUAAAACCUUUUUUUAAAAAAAGGCUAACUCGAGCUCGAAAAGCUACGAGUCUGUCGGUAGAAGAAACGAGAACUGUUUCAAUUUUAACAAAUGUUUUCGGCAAAAAUAAAGAAAACGCUUAUUGAAAAACGUCCUGGUCGCAAAAUCCCAAAAUAAACUCUUUGCACAAGUGGAAAGAGGAGGAGAGACGUUGGGCUUGAAGUGCCAGUAAAGUACAUUCAAGCGGGUAUUCGUCAAGGCAUGAAUUUAAUAUAGAAACAAGUAAUAAUCCACAGCAAGAGGGGAUAAAGCUCGCGUUUUAUCCUCUCUUGUCCACAGAAAGGAGUUUGUUCCCACUAACGAUUGAAAUCCGGAAUCCAAGUUCUACCAAGAGAGAAUAGAUCAUAGUCUCUUGGUUCUACUGACAAAGAUUUGAAUCCAGUACCUAGAAUCUGGAAUUACUUACCUAAUUUAUUGUCUUUUCUUAGCUCUGGUGGAGUUGAUUACUUACCGUUUUCAGUGUCUGGUUUACUUUCUUUUUCAGCUUCAUGAUAUCGGGCGUUAUCAUUUCCUUACCUACUUACUCACUUAGUUACGAUGCAUGUUUUCAAGAUUUGACUGAGACGCACAUUGAAUGGCUUCCUAUUGUCAGGUUGUCCUGGUUGCCAUUCAGGUGAAGAGAACAAGAAGGUAUAUUGAACACUCUGGGUUGCCGUCUAAGUUGCAAAAAUAAAAGCAUUAAGCGAGAAUCUUGCUUCGAGGAACAGACUCCUUUCUGUGGAUUAUUACUUGUUUCCACAUUAAAUUCAUGCCUUGAAUAGCGCUUGAAUGAAGUUUCAUGCCCCUAUUUACAUUUUCUUUCAGUUUUACCGAAAACAUUUGUUAAAUAUAAGAGUUCUCGUUUCUUCUACCGACAGACUCGUAGCUAAGUUGUUGUAACGUUUGUAAUCUGUAGUCUAUUAAGUGUAUCGCAUAUUUUUCAGUAUAUGUAAAUGAACCCCUAAGCAUUUGUGAGCAAUUCAUCGACAAGAAGAAAGCAAUGGUAACUUAUGGUAACUUUUUUAUCAUGUACUGUUAUGCAUAAGUUUAUUCAAAGCUUAAUUUACACAACUGGGCCCGAUAGAAAGAAAACAAAAUGAACUUGCGGUGAACACAAAAGUAGGCCAGCUUUUUCUUUUAGGUCUUUUCUUGAGACAUUAUUUUGUUGACUCUAACAUCCGUAACCUGUAAAUUGGCUACCGUAAAGCUACCGUAGAGUAUCGUGCAUAAAAAAAGAUUUUUUCCCUUUAUAUUGUGUUCAUAUCAGUCGUUUUCACUCAGCUGUUACCUAGAAACCCCAAAUCAUUUUCCCCUGCCGCGACAUUGGUCCCGCGACCGCGACUUUGGACCCGCGACCGCGACACUGGACCCGCGACCGCGACAUUGGACCCGCGACCGCGACCUUUGGACCCGGGACCCGCGACCCGCGACUAUUAGUCAAACUCGUUUUAUUUGGUUCUGGAGUACUGAUAUUCCGCAAUAAGUAGUAUAGCAAUAGGGUCCCUGCGUUCCUGGUGUUGGAAAACAGGACAUUUUUUUCUGCAUUUUCUAUAAGGUUAACGUUAUAAGAAAGACUUACAGGGUGGAUGUAAUAAGAAACAUUCAAAGUCGUUCCUAAAGUGAAAGGAAGUCAAAAGGAUUUUGUGGACGUAGUUUGUGGAUCUUUGUGGGGUGCUUCAUCUUACCUCAAUUCGUACCAACCCAUUAUAUUCAGUGGUUGUCUAUAAGUGCACAGUAAUAAAAUAUGAAAAGUUCGUGAGUGUACUGAGGAUUUUUUUGUUCUUGUCAUCCACAGGAGAAGGAGGACCGAAUCCACCUACCCCUCAGACACCCCGACCACCCCUACCCACUACACCUGGAGGUGAGCCAUUCUUAAAUUAUCAUAGAGUUAUACGGGUCAAGAACUGAAGGAAACAGUGAUUGAAAACUGAUCUGCCUAAUAGUUGACAAUUUUAUAUGAAUGAAGAUCAUGGCAGUUAUAUACGCAACUUUUACAGUUGCGAAAAGGAAGCCUGAAAAAACUUCUGGAUUGUACGUGAUUCGAACCCUUGACCUCUGCGAUGCCGGUGCAGCGCUCUACCAAUUAAGCUAACAAGCCAACUGUGAGCAGGUCGUUGAAUUGGUUCGUUAUAAACCCGUUAAAGGAUGAUGAUGUAGUGUUAUGAAUAUAUGAAAAUCAUAUAUGUGAACUGCGGAGUGAAGAAUUAUAUGCAGACCAUCGCGGCUAUAUAUAUAUAUACCGUAUUUAUUCGAAUAAGCGCCCAACCUUGAAUUAGCGCCCACCUCGAAUAAGCGUCCAUCCUGAAGGCAAAAAAAUUUAAUAAGCGCCCAGCCUCGAACAAGCGCCCACCCCACCUCCCUCUCCCUCAAACUCAAACUCUAAUAAGCGCCCACCCCUUUUCUGGUCCCUCCCACCCAAAAAACCUUAAAUAAGUACUAAUAAGAGACUUGCCCGAAGACGGAGUUUUCUUUAGAGUAUUUUACAGAAACCCUGCUUUGAUUAAUCUUCGCGUUUUAUUAUUACCAUUCAUUGUAUUGUUGCAAAAUUAACAUACUACACUUGCUGAAAAAAGUGAAAAUUGAGUAAGCACCCAGCCUCCAACAAGCGCCCACUCUCAAGGUCCAAAAAUUUAAUAAGCCCCUAGGGCGGUUAAUUGAAUAAAUAAGGUACGCAACAUUUGCAGUUGCGAAAAGAAAGCCUGAAAAAAAUUCAGGCUUGUACGGAAUUCGACCCUUGACCUCUGCGAUACCGGUGCAGCGUUCUACCAUUCUUUUCAUCAUAUAAUUCUUAAAAGAAAAUGGACUUGACUCUCUUCGCCCUGACUUUUUUACGGCAACUUAUCGUUGUUCUAGGAUCUCAUUGUGCCUCAACUGACAGUAUUCUCAGAGUUCUAGUUUUUUCCCCCUUCAUGACAUGACGAAUAUUCCAGCUUAUUCACUGGUCUUGGUAUAUAAAUACCUAUAUAUAUAUUAUAGUUUUUUCAAAUAUACAUUUUCUGCAAAUUAUUGGUUAAGGAAAGUUUUUUAAAAAUUUAAGUUUUACCUAGUUAUUUAUUCAUUUAUAUUUUUUCCACUGACUGCAAGGAUCAGUUAAGUCGGUGUCGGUUUUAUAAACGCUACUGCAGCCGCAGUAGUUGCAUCCGGAGACGUUGCAAAAAGACUUGUCAACUCUGUAAGAAAUAG